UAUUUGCAUCACUCCCCUCUAGUUUUAGUCCCAAUGGCAGCCUCACCUCAACCCGUCUCUGAAAACCCAAUUGAUUUUCGUGCCCCACCGCCUUCUCCCAUCGCCUCAGGCCGCCGAUCAUUAGUCACAAACGAUGAAGUCCUCACCGAAUACCUCGAGCACUCCCUCCAAGUCCCUGACCUCAUUUUGCCAGACAAGUUCUUCCCUAAACAAAAUUCACUUGAAAAUCCCCCCACCAUUGAUUUGUUAGCAUUGAAUCUGGAUGAGUUUGAUGCUAGUCUUUGCAAGGUUGUGGAGUCCAUAGCAAGAAACGGGUGUUUUCAGCUGGUGAACCAUGGAAUUUCAAGUGAGCUUGUGAGCUCUGUGCAGGCUGCAGCCACCGGAAUAUUCCAGGUACCGCCGGAGAAGAGGGCGGAGAUAACCCGGUUACCGGAGAAGCCAUACGGGUUCGAGGAGGUUCAUGGUGAGGAGGUUGGCAGUGAACUGAGUGAAGAGUUUGUUUGGUGUAGAGACCAAGGUUUGAAGUUGACAAUGGAGAGAAUUGCACCAAUUGGAUAUUCAAAUUUCAGUGAGAAACUGGAGACCCUAAUGACAGAUAUUGAGAAGGUUUCUGGGAAAAUCCUACCAAGCUUAUUGAAAAAUUCUCAAACAAAAUUUGUUUAUGGAAAUGAUGAUAUGGUGCAAGGGAAAGAACUUGGGACAGUCUGUUGCCUGUACAGGCACAGCCAAAAUGUUUUAGAAGAUGAAUGGGACAGCUCUUUAAGAUAUGAUGUGAUUAAGAUGUUGAUUAGAGGAACUGACUAUUCUCAUGCCUUGUGUUUGCAUCUUUGUGAUGGUUCUUCAGAGUUCCAUGUUUACUCCAAGAAAGGUUGGGUUUCUUUUACCCCAGAUAAAAAUGCUCUAAUAGUCACCACUGGGGAUCAAAUACAGGCAUGGAGUGGUGGCCAGUAUAAGCAUGUGAUAGGAAGGCCAAUCUUUAAAGGUGAGGAGGACUGCAUCUCAAUGGCUUUUCUCUAUUCUCCUCCAACCUUUAUUUCAAACUCCCAAAGCAACAAGGAAAAUACUAUAUCACUUGGUGAACAAGCUAUAAUGGCCAUAUUUUUAACUCUUGUCUACCAGUUUUUAGUGUACUUCUACAGAAAUUUCUGAUGUAUGUUGUCAAUAUUUAUUGGCAGUUAGUAAGGAUUAUUCUACACAUUCGUUCCUCAAAAAAUGGACAACAUUUUACUCUCCUUUGGUAAAAGGUCUAUUUGUGAUCUGUU